AUGACACAUGAAAGAUAUCAACGUUUUGCACCGCCAUCGAAAGUGGCUAAAGUGAAUCGUCUUCGCUUUUUUGGUCAUAUAUUCAGGAGACCGGCACGUCGCCUUGCUCAACGAGUUCUGAGGAGUUUGUCCGGUCCGAGCUGGAAAAGGUUACCUGGUCGAGAACGGAAGUUCUGGACUGAGAAGGUGAAAGAGGACCAGACUCACUCACUCCGCGUGGAUAGGCAGUUCAGGCGAGACGUAAGGUUUCGCAAAAUAUGGACUAGCGACGAAUGGAUUGAUUCUGUGCAAGCUCUCGCAGAAGAUCGAGAAGAUUGGGCAGAGCUAUGUUCAAGGACGGCACACCUCGGCGAAGAUGCGGGUAAUCGCAUCAGGCGAUGA